AUGGCCUCAUCGGGUCGCUCGUUUCCUGAGCAACUCAUGCCGUCUACUAUUUUUGAUCGAGAUCCAGACAUGGACAUUUCCGAGGAGAUGGAAGAGAUCCGCGAGGUGCUCUACGCGCUCAUCAAGGCUCACUUCCCGAUGGGUGUCAGCUCGACGCAUCUCGCUGAGAAAUAUCAUGAGGAAUAUGUUGCUACUGGAAUGGGCAAAGAAUUGCCGAGUGACUGGCUUGAACAAGUGACCGCUGCUGAAGAGUUUGAGACACAGAUUCGAGGUCCAUUAACGAUUCUCUUUGUACGUCUUUCAAAUACCUCUUCAUUUCGGAGACCACAUCUCCCAAAUACUACUUUAAAAAUCAGCGCGGUGAGUGAAGAGUCGUCCAAUUACCCAGAAAGUGGAGGCUAUUCGAAAGUCUCACCCGCUCUUCCCUCUUCCAGAAAGAGUCCACGAGAUCUCGCCACUCAGCUUGAACAAUGUUUCUUUGAUCAAGAUUGGCUUCAACCAAAAGAUGUCAUUGUUACACAUGUUACAUCAGCCAAUGAUUUCUUUAUUUCGUUGGCUAAUUCAAAAUAUCGAGAUGAUUUACGAAUGGCAAUGAAUACUUUUUAUGAAAAAUAUCGAAAUACAACAAAGGUGCAAAUUCAUGAAGUUUGUGUUAAUGGUGCUUACGCUGUAUUGGAUGUAGAAGGGAAUUGGCACAGAGCAACGAUUAUUUCAUGCGAAAGUGGUGGAAUGGCUAGAUGUGCAUUUGUUGACAGUGGACGAUCCCAUGCUGUUCCUGUAGAUAAAAUUCGGUUUCUAUCGUGUCCAGAAGCCGAUUCUCCAUCUUUAGCGCUACGAUGUACACUAAAUAUUUCUGAUCGAGUAAAUGAAAAAACGGAAACUUUUCGCGAUUUACUCUUUGAAGAAAUUGAUGGAAGUUUUCAGCCAAGAGUUAUCAAAGUAAACUUUGUUGACAACUUGAGAAAAGCGAUUCGUAUUGUAAAGUUAACGAUGAGUGAUGGAAAAGAUAUUAAAAGUUUACUUUCGCAACAACCGAAUUCCGAUAAAGAGAACCAGAUACCGGUAACUCCGACUGCAAGACCUGUCUCAACAACAUUGGUCACUUCUGCUCCUUUCCUUUCUUUCCAGGAAGAACCCGAAAUUCACCCAAUGAAGCCAUCUGAAAUGCCGAAUAACUCUUUCCAUGCACAUGCUUUAUUUGCAGCUGGCCCUUCUGACAUUUCAUUGAGACCCGUGUCGCUUGAUCCAAUGCCUGAUUAUAUGUAUGAAAAGUUGACAGAAGAGUGCCUUUUGCCAGCCUCAACUCUCACCGAAACUCCGAUUCAGGGGGCUUUUUAUGCUGCUUUCAUUGAUGAGCGAUGGGAGAGAGUGAUUUGUAUUCGUGGAUCUAAAAUCGAUCCGGCUUCAUUUUGUGUGUACUUGGUUGAUGUUGGCGCUUUUCACUAUGUACGGGGUGAGGUGAUGCGUCGACUGAACUCGAAAACCCCAUUCAAGAAAAUGCUGAUGUUUAAAGCUAAAGUUGCCGGGAUCGCACCAAUAGGAGGCGCAGAUGUUUGGGCAAGAGAAGCCCAUUUGGCUACACGGGAAUUUUUCGAAGCUUCAAUGGGAGAGCCGGUUGAAGUGAACCCUCAAUGUUCGGCCAAUUUUCCGAAGCCUGGGAAAGAGAACACAGCAGAAGCAUGGAAUAAAUGGAAACAGCUGAAUGCACCAAGUGUACCAAUGAUUGAAGCGAGAAUCUCGUGUGCUGGACGAGAUCUGGCUGAUUGGUUGAUCGCCUGUGUUUAUGACGUGCAAUCAUUAACAAGUGUUGAAUCAAUCGCUUUCCUCACAAUCAAUGGCAUGUCUACGCGGGCCUCGUUCUACAGUGUGCAAAGCAAUCAUUGCCACGAGUAUUAUUUGGCUGCUACAAGUAACACAAAUAAGGAAAGGCAACAACUAAGGGCUGAGCGGCUUGUAGAUCGGGGCGCAAAUCAUAACACUUAUGAUGAUGACAAGAUGGUUGGAGCCAAUCCAAUGAAGCAACCACGCGGCCCUCCAGCACCACCAUCGAACGACUAUGUGCAAAAAAAAGGCGUGACCUAUAAACCGAUCGAUUCAAAAGAUAAGCUGUAUCUCGAGCGAUUGAUGCGAGUACCUGCUUUUGACCCAUUGACAAAAGAUGGUAGCCAAGGGGGUGGUGUGCAGGUUCCAUCAAAUCAGGAAGAAGAGAAAACAAAGCGAUUCAAAGAGAAUCAAUUCAAUGUGGUGGCAUCCGAAAUGAUUAGUGUUAAUCGAACCCUCCCCGAUCAUCGUUCUGAUAAGUGUCGGUCCAACGCAGAAGAAUACAAAGUUGCUGAUCUUCCAACAGUUAGCAUCAUCAUAGUUUUUCACAACGAGGCUUGGACGACUUUGUUGCGAACACUACAUUCAGUCUGUAAUCGUUCACCACUCGAAUUGAUUCAGGAAAUUAUUUUGGUUGAUGACAUGUCUGACCGGGAUUAUUUGAAGGGACCAUUAGAUGCCUACAUUAGGCGUUUCAAUGUGCCGAUUAGAAUUAUUCAUUUGGAAAAGCGGUCGGGGCUUAUUCGUGCUCGUUUGACUGGAAGUGAAGCUGCUUCGGCUAAAGUUCUUCUGUUCCUUGAUGCGCACGUGGAGGUUACUGAUGGAUGGCUUGAACCACUUUUGGAUCGGGUUCACAAAGAUCGAACGGUUGUGGUUGCUCCCAUAAUCGAUGUUAUUUCGGAUGACGAUUUUGAAUACGUCACAGCUUCUGACACUACAUGGGGCGGCUUCAAUUGGCAUUUGAACUUCCGAUGGUAUUCUGUUCCACCAAGAGAAAUGAAGAGGCGUAAUCACGAUAGAGCUACUCCAAUCAAAACACCAACGAUUGCUGGUGGAUUAUUUGCUAUUGAUCGCUCAUAUUUCUACGAAGUUGGAGCAUAUGAUGAAGGAAUGGAAGUUUGGGGUGGCGAAAAUCUUGAGAUUUCUUUCAGGGUUUGGAUGUGUGGAGGAUCGCUUGAAAUUCAUCCAUGUUCUCGCGUUGGCCAUGUGUUCCGGAAGCAAACACCAUACACUUUCCCAGGGGGCACCGCAAGGGUUAUUCAUCAUAACGCGGCUCGUACUGCUGAAGUUUGGAUGGAUGAAUACAAGGAGUUCUUCUACAAGAUGGUCCCUUCGGCAAGACGCGUUGAUGCUGGUGACAUGACCGAUCGACGAAAUUUGCGUGAACGGCUGAAGUGCAAAAACUUCAAAUGGUAUCUUGAGCAAGUGUAUCCAGAGUCACCAAUCCCCUCUUCGUUCUUGUCAUUGGGGCAAAUUGCAACAGCUAAUCAGCAAUGUAUGGACACUGUGGGACAAAAAGCUGGAGGACAAGUCAAAGCUGGUCCUUGUCAUGGCCAAGGGGGAAAUCAGGCUUUUGCUUUGUCAACGAAUGGAGAAUUGCGUUUUGAUGACCUUUGUUUGACAUCAACCGGAGGCUUCUCUAUGGACUCUGGUGUCAAACUUGAAAAAUGUUCAACGAAUGGCAAGCCAAAUACAAGACAUUUGUGGAAAUACAAUUCGCAGAAUGGUCAGCUGAUCAAUCAAAAAAGUGAACGCUGUAUUUCGAUUGCGACUGAGAAUCGGCUUGUGCUUGCAACUUGUACUGAGACCGAAGAAACGCAACGGUGGACGCUUGACGCCUACAAAGGAGAACUGACUGCUGAUGGUCGAGAGAAGGAA